CUCGAGUCUGCCAGGCACAUCCCUAACUCCCACUCUCCAUACAGACGGCGCACAAUCCAACCCAGUUAUUGGCUAAGUAGGUAUAUAGAUGGGGCUGAUCGAGAGUACAUACGCAUGCGCAUCAGUAGCGUAUGGACUACUAGUCCUACCUGCACCAGAGGACCAACCAUGUUGCGUGCUGUGGGUGGGAUUGGAUUGGUUGGAGAUAGCUGCUUUAUACUACCUACAUAGCUGUAGGUACUUCACCUAUCUCCUACUCCGUACCUACGGAGCUAUCUAACUGUCUAUCUGUCUUUUUGGUCUUCUUUAGGCUUUCUAGAAGGUUCUCUGAUUUGUGCGUGCUCCCUGUGAGACUGGUAGCGCGUGUAGAUCAUCAAGUC